UGCUUUUGCUACCCCGAGGAGGAAGGUGCACAGACUUUGCCGUCAGGCUCCUAGCUCCCCUCCCGAAGUCUGCUCCAGCGAACAUGGCCUCAGGAGUUCAGGUUGCGGAUGAAGUAUGUUGCAUUUUCUACGACAUGAAAGUUUGGAAAUGCUCCACACCAGAAGAAAUCAAGAAAAGAAAGAGGACUGUCAUUUUCUGUCUCAGUGUAGACAAAAAGUGCGUAGUUGUUGAAGAAAGCAAAGAGAUCUUAGUGGGAGAUGUUGGUGCCACCAUAACUGAUCCUUUCAAGCAUUUUGUCGGAAUGCUUCCUGAAAAAGAUUGUCGCUAUGCCUUGUAUGACGCCAGCUUUGAGACCAAGGAGUCCAGGAAAGAAGAGCUGAUGUUCUUCCUGUGGGCACCAGAACCAGCACCUCUGAAAACUAAAAUGAUCUAUGCAAGCUCGAAGGAUGCCAUCAAGAAGAAGUUCCCAGGUAUAAAGCAUGAGUAUCAAGCAAAUGGUCCAGAAGACCUCAAUCGGACCUGCAUUGCUGAAAAGCUAGGUGGCUCCUUAAUUGUAGCCUUUGAAGGAUCCCCUGUGUAGACCACGAGUCAGUGCCACGAAUUGAAAGCUUCCAUAUUGAACACUAUCCUUUCACUAUAUAAGUAAAGCAAAUAUAUUAGGCCAGGAUCUCACUUAGGAAUUUGUCUUGUCAUCUUCUAGAGUAAACUAAAAAUUGUAUCGUGUCUGCAAACACUACCCUAACUAAAUCCAGCCUCUAAAGUCUCACUGGUGUGGAAUUAAACUCUUAUUGGCCAAAUGCCUGUUUUCAUGAGGUGACUUGUUAAGUUCAGGAUUUUUAAUAAAGUUCACAAAACAGUACAAGGCAAUGUGACGAGAACUCCUCAUCUUUGCUAACC